AGAUAGUGGUCUGUAUAAGUGACGUAGGAUGACACGAACCGGAACAUUUGACACUCUAAGUGAUCAGUGCAGUAUAGCAGACGCUCAAAGAACUUGGAGUCAUGCCAAGAAGAAACUCAGACGACAAUUCAGAAAAAAUGCCAGACAGUUGUUGGAAGACGUAGUGGACAGAGUUAACUAUGAGCCUUGGUCGGAGGACCAUAAGAUAGACUUUGUGCUGGUCUACCAACCCAUAAAGAAAUACAUGGACUCUUCCAAUGGAUUAGUGGACGCAAACCCCCGACAGAUAGAUCAGGAUGAUAUAGAGGAGUUGAAGAAGGGAGCAAAGGGAGAUAAAGCGGCCAUCAUGAGAGUCGAAUAUAUCAACCUGCUCCGGGAGAAUGGGCUCGAGAUAGAAAUUGAGAAUUUCUGUUCCAAGUUUGAGGAGUAUAGAGCGAUCAAAAUAUGUGGAACUGAUUACGCAAUGGACAACUGGGCAGAAAAGUUCCUGCUCAUGAAACCAGUGGAGCCACCUUUUGGAGCUGUUCUAACCUUGGAGCACGAUAAACCGGUAGACAGAAUGAUAGCUAUGUACAAUGAGUGUCUCUACGAACUGCCCCCUCCAGAACAUGACGAUUUAGACAGGGGCAGAACGUUUGACGCUUCCAGGUACGUUCCUCAGACACUGAAGUCUGCUGUGAAGAGUGUUAUAGGCAAGUUCAAGUCAGAGUCUUCUGAUGCGGAGGGGGACUACGAUUCAAGAUUAAAAGCGCAGAUGGAGAACGGUAGGAAGAAAGGUGAAAGCGAGUACAGAGAGUCAGCUGCGUUCAAACAACUUACCUUCCAAAAUGAACGGUAUCACAAGUUGUGGACCACUAAAAUAGAGAACGCUAUCUUUUCUAUCCUACAUCGCAGCGAUGACAGACUCAACUUAACUAAAGACAAUCUCCUCGCCAGAGCGAUCCGAGCUCCGUUCAACUACUCAAAGAAAACUAAAUUUCUUGGUCACGAUGACCCUGAGUUCUACAACAGAUCAGAGAGAUCACUAAUGGUAUUCAGGAUUCUCGAAAACCCAGAAGCAAAUGAAAGCAAGUUAAAAGCUGGUUACAAGCUGAGCGACAUGUACCGAGAGGGGUGUUUUGAAACAGCAUACCCGCUACAUGCUGGAGGGUAUAAGAUUAGAUGUGAUGUCUCUGGAAAAAAACAAAAGUGGAGUGAGAUCGACAUCGAAGAACAGAUAGACAAUCCCAGAAAGUUACUGCGGUACUUUUGGAGCUCGUCUCAUAUGAAGUGGAAGUUCCAACCCCUCAACAUUGUGAGAAACUACUUCGGAUCUGUUACUGCCAUGUACUUUGCUUAUGUCGGAUUCUACAACAUGUCCCUGGUGAUACCUGCUAUAGCAGGAACUGCUGUUUUCAUAUACGGUCUGCUGCAGAUGACUUGGACUGACACAGCACGGCAUAUUUGUGAAAGCGGGGAAAAAUAUUUGAUGUGUGCGGACUGCUAUAUAGAUGGAACCUGCAACGCUACUUAUUUGUCAGACUAUUGCUUCACUACCAGUAUAACGAGUGUGGCUAACAACGGUGCAGUUAUAGUAUUUUCUAUAAUCAUGAUGGCCUGGCUAGCGAUAUUCGUGACGUUUUGGAAGCGACAGCAGAGUACUAUAGCACACACCUGGGGUACAACUAACAGUAGGAGUGCUUCGGCAGAAGUGAGGGUAAAGUACAAACUGACCAAAACUAAAGUGUUCCGAUGGAAUGAUGUAACGAAGACAAGAGAACAACACAUAACCUUUCUACACAGACUUCCUCAAUACUUCCUGGGGUUCACCGUCGUCGCUAUAUUACUGGCUAUGGCAGUUAUGAUGACCCUUACAAUAACUGUCUACAACUACUCGCUAAGCCUUUCAAUACAAAGGGCCAAGGAUUACAACCCUUUUACUAGAAAAUAUGCUAAUGAGAUAGCUAUUUGUGUGACGGGAAGUCUCAGCGCUACGCUUAUCAUCUGCCUAUCAUACGUGUACAGGAUAAUAGCGAACAAGUUAACCAACAUGGAAAAUCACAGAACACAGCGUGAUCACGACAAUCAUCUUUCUUUUAAAAUUUACCUGUUUGAGUUUGUCAACUACUACAGCACUUUGUUCUAUAUUGCCUUCUUCAAGGGAAAUAUAACGUCGCCAUCUAACCCGAGAUAUCUGUACGGAACUUCACUGAAGAUACAGGGCUGUGCUCCUGGAGGGUGCAUGAGUGAGGUAUCAAUACAGAUGAUAUUAAUCAUGUCAGUAAAACAGCUGGUCCCGAUACUAAAGGACAUAAUCAGAACCCUGAAUAUAAACAGGAUCCAGGAGGAGUUGAAGUUGAAGUUACUUUCUCCUUUUGUUGGCUGCUGUGAAUUCGCUCAAAGGUGGAAAAACAUGGCCAAACAAAAUCUUGAAGACUUCAAAAACUCCAGAUCUCAAUAUGUUCAAGAUUUCGAACUUGCUGAACCUACAGAGAUGUACCAGGAGUAUGUCAAUAACAUCAUUCAGCUUGGUUUCCUAACUAUGUUCGUUACUGCUUUCCCGCUUGCUCCCCUUAUUUGUCUCUUUAUUAACAUAUGGCAGUUACGUCAGGAUGCUACCAGAUACGUAAAGAGGGUUCGUAGACCUAUCGGCUUCAGAUCCGAGGGAAUAGGAACGUGGAUGAACAUUCUAGAAGUUCUGUCCCGAAUAGCCAUCCUUGUGAACGCUAUUUUGAUAGCAUUUACUUUUGAUUGGUUACCGUUAAUGAUAUAUAAGCGUAACUACGAGACCGAAGGGAGCAGCUACGUGGAUUUCAUGCUGGCUAGCCAUGACUUUGUCCGUGAAGAAUCUGAUGGAUCUCAAACAAACCAAACGUGCAGAUAUUGGUCCUACAUCCAACCGGCCAGGGCAGAUCAGUCCAGAUUUUGGUUGGAGCUAAUGUUAGCGAGAAUGCUCUUCAUAUUCCUGUUCCAAAACCUGGUGUGGGCGGCGGUCAGAGUCAUCGAACUGCUCUGUGACAGCACUCCUAAAUUUGUGAAGGAAAGAAUGGUGUUGGAAGAGAAGAUAGCACAAGAGUGGCUCAGCUCUGAUGACGACAGUGGAGGUGAGGAUGAAGUUGGUGACGACCGAAGUGCUACUGAAACUAUAACCCGCGCUUUUAUGUCCAAACGAUACGCACCGACGGACGAAGUUAUAGAGGAAGUCUCCAAACCACAUCACCCUUUACUCCAAGGAACUGCUAAGCUUUAACCACAUCACCCUUUACUCCAAGGAACUGCUAAGCUUUAACCACAUCACC